AAGAAACUGUAAAUAAUGUCACAUCCUACAAAUAAUGUUUAUCACCAUCCUGAGACUGAACGAAAUGAGUCUUUCAAAGAUCAAGAUAAAUUUUCUUCGGAAGGGAUCAAGCAAUUUCCUAACGGAAACAACACACCUCCGGUCAACUAUCCACCGAGACCACCCCUACAAAGGAUCGAUAGCAGGAGUUCUUUCCCUAUACGACCAGGAUUUCCAAAUCCACAGGGUGUUCCCAUAAGACCACCAGGUCAACAGAUAAGGCCACCUCCACCAGGAACAGUUUUCAGACCUCCACAGAUACCAAACAGGCCUCCCUUCCAACAAGGAUUCCCAAAUAAUCAGUUGAACCAAAAUAUAAGACCUGGAGGACCCAAUAUAAGACCUCCUGGUGUCCCUUUUCCUCCUGGUUCAUUUCCAAGAGGGAUACCGCCUGGGGUACGUCAUCCUGGAAUGAUUCAUCAAAGAUCUGAACCAAAUCCAGAGCAGCAAAAAUUUGAGCAAUUCUCAAGAAGCCAAACCCUGGAUUCCACAGAUAUCAAUAGUUCACCUCCUGGACAUGCAAAUAUGGAUAAUAACGAACCACCCCCUGUAAAUUUGGAGAAGUAUGCUCCUAUUAAAUCCACAUCUAGUUCUUUGAACUCUUCUACUACGAAUCUCAAUGAAGAACCAGUGAGAACCCUAAGUAGGAAUAGUAGUAUAGACGACAGAAAAUUUACAAAUUCUCAGGAAAGUUUAGAACGAAAAUCAGAACAUGAAUAUCCUUCUAGACCAGAAUCAAGAUCUAGUUCUAGAAUGGGCCAGAUUUUAGAGAACAAUGACUCUAAAAAUAUCAACGAGACUCCUGAUAGUAUCUUGACACAGAGACCUGAAUCCAGAUCAUCAGUGAGUUCUAAAUCUUCGAAUCCUCGUACAAAUUCGGCAAAAGAGAACAUAAAAGAAGAGAAAAGCAUUGAACAAUCUGUAAACAAAACAAGCAUAUCAAGAGAAAUAAAACCUUCUGAGACACCUAUCAGUUUAUCUACCACUGCAGUGAAGAUGGAAACAGAAAAAAAUAUAGAACAGAGCAAAGAUUCACUUCAACUUAAGAAUUUAACUAAAACAAAAUCUUCUAUAAAAAUAGAAGGGGAUAACGACAGCGGUGUUGACGAAUCUACACAAGGCAAUGAUCGUUCAAGCAACGGUGAUGCCUCACCGAGAAAAUCUGCUUCGAAAGCACCGAAGAGGAUAUCUUCGGCCACACCCUCGAAGGCUAGAUCACUGUCCAGAGAUUCUAAAUCGCCAAGUUUAAAAAGUCCUGAUUCCAAUGCAACUACUCCAGGAACGACUGAAAGAAAAAAACUUCCAAUGAAUAAAGUUCAAGUUGGUUCUGCUCCUUCGCCAAACCUGAAGGAAGUUCGAUCCAAAAUAGGAUCUCUGCAAAAUGCAACACAUAAACCUGGAGGUGGCAAUGUUAAGAUUGAAACAAAAAAAAUUGAACUGAAAAAUGUGACGCCGAGAAUUGAAGCGAAGAAUGAUAAAUAUAUUCCCAAAGGUGGGGAGAAAAAGAUCAUAUCACAAAAACUUCAAUGGAAUGCUAAACCGAAAGUUGGUUCAUUGGACAACGCCACCCACAAACCUGUUUCAAGUGGAAAGAAAAUUGAAACAAUAAAAUUGGAUUUCAAAGAGAAAGCGAAACCAAAAGUAGGAUCAAAGGAUAAUAUGAAACAUACUCCAGGAGGAGGAGAUAUAAAGAUAGAAACCAAAAAACUAGAUUUCAACGUACAGAGUAAGGUGGGGUCACUGGAUAAUGUAAAACAUAAACCAAAAGGUGGCGAUAAAAAAAUAUUCGAUGAUAAAGAAUAUUUAAAGCAAAUGUCCGGCAUAUCAAGUGAAAAUCAUUCCCUUUCAGGAUCUCAGGCUGAUGAAUACUUGUACAAAUUCUAUUGAUUCAUUCUAGUAAAGCGCUGAGAAUUCUCUACCUUCCCAACCUGGUGCAACUAGUGGUGCAGAUGAAAACUUGAAUCAACAUCAUCAGUAAUAAAAAAAUAUAAAUGUCCAAAGAUUACUAGUUUACUCAUUCACUUGAAUGAAGCAUAAACUUUAUAGAUAUCUAAAAAGAGAAAGUAAUAUCACAGGAUCACUUUAUCACCAUGUAACAUUCUUUUCUCUGAAGAAUUUCACAUACAUAAAUUAUAAUUUCCAUUAAUAAUUUUUUUUUAAUAACUAUUGAUUAUAAUUCUCAACAACUGAAAAAUAAUGCAACUGCAAUAGUUAUCUAUACUUUUUUUAUCUGAAUUUCACUUCGAUUUGACAUUCAUAUUAGCAAUGAUUUUAUGUAAAUUUAGAAAUGAAUACACUUUCUACUUUGACAAAUUUUCAAAGAGAUAAAGAUUAGGUUCCAAUCAGUUAUCCACAAAAUAUCAUUUCUCAUUUUUAACUUGAGAAUAUGUAGUUUGGUGUUGUGAUAUAUUUGCUAGAUUGCCAAACUUAUAUUUUUUUUAUGAUAUCUCCUAUUCAAAAAUAAAAUGAAAUUUAUAUUUCCAGAGUAUACAAUAUCACACUUUUAAAACCACACUCAUAAUUUCAAGAAUCUUCAAUCAAAACACAGUAUUUUAUUUUGCAUAACUUAGAUAGUUGUAAGUUCAGUCAUUGUAACAUUAAAAAUUAAGUACUGAAAUAUUAAAAUAUUG